AUGGUCAAUGAAUGGCUAAACAUGAUCCAGCAGAGUGCCCAGGUGGCCAAGAAAGCCAAUGGCAUCCUGGCCUUUAUCAGGAAUAGUGUGGGCACCAGAACCAGGGCAGUGACCGUCCCCCUGUACUGUACACCUUCUUUACUCGGGGGGAAGUUUUCCCGUGGUGAAAUUCACUCCGGCUUCCUUCGCGCCGAAGGAGGGGCGCAGGGGGAGCGACCGCGGGAUGUGCGGGCGGCUCCCGCGGCGCCCCUCGGGGCCGGUACCCGGCCGGGCCCUGCCCCGGUCCCGGCCGGGCCCGGCACUGCCCCGGUACCCGGCCGGGCCCUGCCCCGGUACCCGGCCCUGCCCGGCACUGCCCCGGUACCCGGCCGGGCCCUGCCCCGGUACCCGGCCCGGCCCGGCCCUGCCCCGGUCCCGGCCGGGCCCUGCCCCGGCAGGCAUGCUCCCCAUCCUUGUGGUCCUGCAGAACCGGGCUGGUCUCCGCAGUAG